UGUUAAUUCACUGCGCUAAGGGUGUCAGCCACGCCCCUACACUUUUCCUGGCAUAUCUCAUGAUCCACCAUGACAUGACAGGGGAUGAAGCCAUCGAUUACCUCAUUCAGAGAGGUGUGUCUGGAAAUAUACCUCAACGGCGUGUACCAUGGCACUGAGACUUUCCAAGUACCAGCAGAGGAUGAGGACCAGGUGGAGUGCAGGAUCAUCCCCGAUGCCAUCUGCGACCUUUUCGGGAGCUCGGCAGUGAUCGAUUCCCUGGAAAGGAUUGAUUCACCUGAGGACAUGCCAGUCAGUUCCAGUGUUGUAGAGGGGGGCGCUGUGCAGGUUGACUCUGUGAACGACUCAACCGCCUCAGCUAGUGUUGUUGAGAGAGAUGGGCUCGAGGAGGAAGUCAAAAAUGUCUCCUCAGUGUUGGUGUCUCCAACGGAAUUGGCAGGGAGUGGGACCGACGCUUCUCCUGAAACCCCAGAGAACAGCCCAACAGAAAGUACCAAAGUGUGGAUGAUGAAGAAAGCGAGUGGAUUCUUUCAGAUGCUUUUUGGCGUCCCAGAGCCACUGUGUGUCCCAGACACUCAUCAGCCAACAUCUGCAACGGAUCUGGUCGAUUCUGAGCAGGAAACCCCCGUGGAUCUGGACAAUUUGGAGCAACCGGAUGUCCCAGUUCCAAUAGUUUCGGAGCAGGAAACUCCAGUGGAUCUCGUUGAUCUAGAGGAGUCCAGCGUCUCGGCUCUAAACCGUUCUGAGGCAGAACCAGUGUCCACUGAAGGUCUGGAAGUUGAAGUCAAGGAUGCCAUUUCAGAUCUGAAGAGCCCUACUCUGGUGUGUGAGGAUCUGAGCGACUCCGCAGGGCCUUCAGGGAGAACCAGUGGGAUCGAUCAGAGUGGCAUGGAUGCUUCUCCUGAAACCCCUGUAAAGAUCAGCCCAAAAGAAAGUACCAAAGUGAGGAAGAAGGGAAAAAUUAGGGCAUUCUUCAAAAAGCUUUUUAGGAUUGAUCCGGCUGUUCCAGAGACCUUGUGUCUCCCAGAUGCAAGCGUUCCUGAGAUGGAUCCUGAAUCGGAGCUGUCUGAUGCAUAUGAAUCGUCUGAUGAGGGUCCAAGCGUUGCUGAGAUGGUUUCUGAAUGGGAUCUGUCUGAUUCAUAUGAAUCGUCUGAUGAGGGUCCAAGCGUUGCUGAGAUGGUUUCUGAAUGGGAUCUGUCUGAUUCAUAUGAAUCGUCUGAUGAGGGUCCAAGCGUUGCUGAGAUGGAUCCUGAAUGGGAUCUGUCUGAUGCAUAUGAAUCGUGUGAUGAGGGUCCAAGCGUUCCUGAGAUGGAUCCUGAAUCGGAUCUGUCUGAUGCAUAUGAAACGUGUGAUGAGGGUCCAAGCGUUCCUGAGAUGGAUCCUGAAUCGGAUCUGUCUGAUUCGGAUGAAUCGUGUGUCCAAGGACCAAGCAGUCCUUGUGCAUGCACUUCCAAGCAGGAACUAGUUCAAGAAGGACCCGAUUCCCGUUUUGCGGAGCGUGUGAAGGGCUGUACAAAGGAUCUGGAACCUGUCACCGAGGUGUGGAACAACAUCUUCAUUGGAAAUGAAGUGAUAGCAGAGGACCGAAUGAAACUGAAGGAGCUGGGGAUUACUCACAUCCUCAAUGCUGCUGCUUUGAAGAAUAAUCUGAGGGUCUUGAUGGGAGUCCCGUGCGAGGAAGACCUGAUGGAAACCGUUGAUACAGGGGCGAGUUACUACAGAGGCAUGAACAUCACGUAUUGCCGCAUGCCUACAACGCAAACUUCCAACAUCAGCAAAUACUUCGUGCCAGCUGCCAAAUUCAUUCACAAGGCCAUGAAAAACCCACAAAAUAAGGUGUUAAUUCACUGCGCUAAGGGUGUCAGCCACGCCCCUACACUUUUCCUGGCAUAUCUCAUGAUCCACCAUGACAUGACAGGGGAUGAAGCCAUCGAUUACCUCAUUCAGGUACGAUACAUCAAGCCCGACUUAGACUUCCUGAAGAAGCUGACGAUCCUCGACCAGUUAUUGUGCACAAUGAGACUUGUGCACAAAACAACCAGUUAUAGAAGGGAAAACGACAAGACCUGGUUAAAGAAGCUAGAAGCCAAAAUACUGCAAAAGAAGUGCUGCUGUACACCGGACAAAGAGUGUGGACGGAUUGAGAGAAGAUUCACACUUUUUCGAGCUUUUCAUCUUAGAACUUGCUCCAGAGAGGUGUGUCUGGAAAUAUACCUCAACGGCGUGUACCAUGGCACUGAGACUUUCCAAGUACCAGCAGAGGAUGAGGACCAGGUGGAGUGCAGGAUCAUCCCCGAUGCCAUCUGCGACCUUUUCGGGAGCUCGGCAGUGAUCGAUUCCCUGGAAAGGAUUGAUUCACCUGAGGACAUGCCAGUCAGUUCCAGUGUUGUAGAGGGGGGCGCUGUGCAGGUUGACUCUGUGAACGACUCAACCGCCUCAGCUAGUGUUGUUGAGAGAGAUGGGCUCGAGGAUGAAGUCAAAAAUGUCUCCUCAGUGUUGGUGUCACCAACGGAAUUGGCAGGGAGCGGGAUCGACGCUUCUCCUGAAACCCCAGAGAACAGCCCAACAGAAAGUACCAAAGUGUGGAUUAUGAAGAAAGCGAGUGGAUUCUUUCAGAUGCUUUUUGGUGUCCCAGAGCCACUGUGUGUCCCAGACACUCAUCAGCCAACAUCUGCAACGGAUCUGGUCGAUUCUGAGCAGGAAACCCCCGUGGAUCUGGACAAUUUGGAGCAACCGGAUGUCCCAGUUCCAAUAGUUUCGGAGCAGGAAACUCCAGUGGAUCUCGUUGAUCUAGAGGAGUCCAGCGUCUCGGCUCUAAACCGUUCUGAGGCAGAACCAGUGUCCACUGAAGGUCUGGAAGUUGAAGUCAGGGAUGCCAUUUCAGAUCUGAAGAGCCCUACUCUGGUGUGUGAGGAUCUGAGCGACUCCGCAGGGCCUUCAGGGAGAACCAGUGGGAUCGAUCAGAGUGGCAUGGAUGCUUCUCCUGAAACCCCUGUAAAGAUCAGCCCAAAAGAAAGUACCAAAGUGAGGAAGAAGGGAAAAAUUAGGGCAUUCUUCAAAAAGCUUUUUAGGAUUGAUCCGGCUGUUCCAGAGACCUUGUGUCUCCCAGAUGCAAGCGUUCCUGAGAUGGAUCCUGAAUCGGAGCUGUCUGAUGCAUAUGAAUCGUCUGAUGAGGGUCCAAGCGUUGCUGAGAUGGUUUCUGAAUGGGAUCUGUCUGAUUCAUAUGAAUCGUGUGAUGAGGGUCCAAGCGUUGCCGAGAUGGAUCCUGAAUCAGAUCUUUCUGAUGCAUAUGAAUCGUGUGAUGAGGGUCCAAGCGUUCCUGAGAUGGAUCCUGAAUCGGAUCUGUCUGAUUCGGAUGAAUCGUGUGUCCAAGGACCAAGCAGUCCUUGUGCAUGCACUUCCAAGCAGGAACUAGUUCAAGAAGGACCCGAUUCCCGUUUUGCGGAGCGUGUGAAGGGCUGUACAAAGGAUCUGGAACCUGUCACCGAGGUGUGGAACAACAUCUUCAUUGGAAAUGAAGUGAUAGCAGAGGACCGAAUGAAACUGAAGGAGCUGGGGAUUACUCACAUCCUCAAUGCUGCUGCUUUGAAGAAUAAUCUGAGGGUCUUGAUGGGAGUCCCGUGCGAGGAAGACCUGAUGGAAACCGUUGAUACAGGGGCGAGUUACUACAGAGGCAUGAACAUCACGUAUUGCCGCAUGCCUACAACGCAAACUUCCAACAUCAGCAAAUACUUCGUGCCAGCUGCCAAAUUCAUUCACAAGGCCAUGAAAAACCCACAAAAUAAGGUGUUAAUUCACUGCGCUAAGGGUGUCAGCCACGCCCCUACACUUUUCCUGGCAUAUCUCAUGAUCCACCAUGACAUGACAGGGGAUGAAGCCAUCGAUUACCUCAUUCAGGUACGAUACAUCAAGCCCGACUUAGACUUCCUGAAGAAGCUGACGAUCCUCGACCAGUUAUUGUGCACAAUGAGACUUGUGCACAAAACAACCAGUUAUAGAAGGGAAAACGACAAGACCUGGUUAAAGAAGCUAGAAGCCAAAAUACUGCAAAAGAAGUGCUGCUGUACACCGGACAAAGAGUGUGGACGGAUUGAGAGAAGAUUCACACUUUUUCGAGCUUUUCAUCUUAGAAGUGCUUGAUUAUGACUACACUUCCGUUUUAAAUAAAUAAAACAUUUUAAGGACUAAAACAAAUGGCAGUUUGACAAUUGUGAGUCUCUCCAUCUUUAAACAUAAAAGG